GCGCACCCUCCACACCGAAAACACCUCCUCCGCCCCCCUGCAACCACGAGCGAGUUGAUGGCGGCGCCGCCGCCCGCGGUCCGACGACAAGGCAUGCACCCCAUCGACGACAUCGCCAACGAUGUGACCGUCAUCAUCACCACCUCGCCCACGCCCUCGGCGCCGGGCACCGACCUCAUCGCCGCCGUCGCGCGGUCCUUUGGCGCGCACUGCCCCUCCCUGCUCGCCUGCCCCGUCGUCGUCGUGCUGGACACGUUCGACUCGGUGGGGGACUGCGCGCGGCUGAAAAAGGGCGUCGUGACGGCCGAGGGGGCGGCGCAGUACGACGCCUACAAGCGCAACGUGAAGCGCUUCGUGCUCGGCGAGUAUCGUCGGCGGCCGCAUCCACCGCGUCACCGAGACGCACGAGCGGCCGACGAGGACGCAUGGGAGCAGGGGUGUCCGGACGCCGUGCUGGUCGAGUCCCGCGACGAGGCAGAGUACGGCUUCGAGGGCCGCAGGGACCCCGUCGCGCUGCACAUCUCCCGGACCGCAGACGGGCGCAUCACCUUUGUCGAGCCAACGCGGCGACUCGGUUUCGGGCUGGCGGUGCGCUCGGCGCUGCGUCUCGCCACCACGCCGUACGUGUGGGUGCAGCAGCACGACUGGCCCCUCGCGGCCGACAUUCCGCUGCGGUCCAUCCUGCGCGUCAUGGACGCCUCUGCCUGUGGCUCGAGCUCGACCUCCUCCUCCUCCUCCUCCUCCUCCUUCUCCUCCUCCUCCUCCUCCGCCGCCGCUGCCGACCACGACGACGACGACGACAACUAUGACAGCUCAGCUGAUGGUAGCUCGGCCGGCAAUGACGACUCAGCAGCCGACGACCUUUGUUACCCCCGCCCUCCCGUGAAAUACGUCUGCCUCCCCUCCACGCGCAUGCGCUCCUAUGCCACCUCCAACCACGUCGUCAAGUUCCCCGCCCUGCGCGCCCUGACCGCCGCCCUGAAAGGCGACUUCGUCGUCGACGGCGCCGCAGCCGAGGAUGCUGACCACCACCGCCACCGCGACGACGACGACGACGGUGGUCGCUCCACGGUCCCCCUGACGCCCCUCUUCUUCUGGCACGACAAGCCGCACGUCGCCUCGAGGGCGCACUACCUGGAGCGCGUCUUCGGCACGCGCCUCGCCGUCCAGCGCGGGGCCUUCAUCGAGGACCUCGUCGGCCAGCGGGCGAGGGACCAGAUGAAGCGCGGCACCUGGGCGCGCUGGGCCUGCUGGCUGUACUACCCGGACGAGGGGACCAGGCUGUGCGUGAGGCACCUCCAGGGGCGGACGUGGAAGGGCGUGACGGCGGCGGCGGCGGCUACGAGAAGAGCGGCAGUAGACGCAUAG